ACGCGGCUGCAGGCGCAAACAGCGUCCGCAUCUCCCCGCGCCCCCGCCCGCCCGUUGCCACUCGCUUCCACCUCCCCCGCCGCAAUCACAUGUCCGUUCCCGGCUGUAGCCGCUACAGGCGCUUCCGCCCCCGCUGCCGCGGCCGCCGUUCUGGCCCGGGGCGGGCAUAUGCACGGCCCUGGGGAUUUACGGCGGGCGGCAAUGUCUGUCUGUUGUGACGUGGCGGGAUUGUACGGGCAUGUGCAUGGCGGAGUGGCUGCCGGUAGUGGAAGUACCCACGGCAAUGGGUUCACACACGGGCAUGGGCAUGGGCAUGGGAGCAUUCAUGCAAAUGUAACCCAUCUGCUGCCGAACCAGCACCAGCAGCCGUAUCAGCAUCACCAGCCCCACCACCAUCUCCCCCAACACAACCACCACCCAUACCGCAACACAUGGGACGUGUUCUCUCGGAUAGUGCGAGAGGAAGGGGCUUUGCGCUUGUGGCGUGGCACGGGCGCCUCUCUCCUCAUGGCUGUACCAACGGUUGGGAUCUAUCUCCCUGUGUACGAUAUCCUCAAGAUCGAGCUCGCAGCGAUGCCGAUCAACGGCCAGGAUCGCGCUCUGCGCGCCAUUGGAGCUUGCAAGGACUCGCAUGCAGGCACAGAGACCAGUGGUGGGGGCAGGGUUGGGGGCAGUGGGGGUGGUAGGAUCACCAGUGGCAUAGCAGCAGCAGCAGCAGCAGCAGCAGCAGCAGCAGCAGCAGCAGGAGCAGGAGGAGGGGCAGGAGCAGGAGCCGCAGGAAGCUUGGGUGGGGGAGGGGUAGUGGGUGGGUCAAGGCCUGGCACGCUAGCGACGCUGCGGACGAUUCUGCAGCCGCAUUCAGGCACUCAAGGGCUGCGCGCGCUGUGGACAGGUGUUGACGCGCAAUUGGCCCGUGACGUGCCGUUCUCAGCCAUCUGCUGGGGUCUAUUGGAGCCCACCCGGCGUUACCUGCUCAGUAGAUCUGCUGACCGGUGGGAGCAGAAACAGCGGGACAGGCAGGAGUGGGUUCAGGGUGGUGCUGGUGCUGGUGCUGGUACUGGUGGUGGUGCUGGUGCUGGUGCUGGUGGUGGUGCUGGUGCUGGUGCUGGUACUGGCAGUGAGGUGUAUUCUCAUUCGCUUAUUGAGGCUGCGGAGGAGGCUCAGCAGCUGCCGCUGCUGCAGGUGGUGGGGGCGAAUUUCGCGGCAGGGAUGGUGGCGGGGAGUGUAGCAGCAGCAGUGACUCACCCUCUGGAUGUGGCCAAGACGAGGAGGCAGAUUCAAGGCUGGGUUGGGCUGUGUGCGGUGUGGGUGCGCUGGAGCGUGGCAGCAGCAGCGACUCACCCGCUGGAUGUGGCUAAGACGAGGAGGCAGAUCCAGGUGUCGGGUGCUCAGCUCAACACUGCAGCAUCUGUGGAGGACCUCAAGGACCUCAUCAACUGCUGCGAGGCGACGUUCUUCGCGCCCAGCGACGACGCGUUCGUUCCUCACUGCCAUAAUCUUCUCCUACUCAUCUCGCUCUUCUGUAUGUUUCCCUUCCUAAUUGCACUCCGUUCAGGUCUUAACAAGGACCUGAAGGACCUAAUCAACUGCUACGAGGCGACGUUCUUCGCGCCGAACGACGACGCGUUCGCGGCGCUCCCGGACCACGCGAAGAACGCGACUUCGAAUGCCAAGGUUCUGCGCGAGGUGCUGCUGCUGCACGUGGUGCAGAAGAAAAUGCCUGCCGCCGCGCUCAAGGCCCUCCCUCAGGACAAGCAGUUCAAGGCGGCAUCCGACGGGUGCAAGGCUCGCCUGGUGAAGGUCUCAGCUGCCGGCGCCGACCCGGUCCAGCUGCAGGCCCUGUACGUCCCGGAGGAAGCUUCCGUAGUGGCUCCUGACGUCAUCUCGCUGCGAGUGAUGCAGGUGCACGGGGUGGACACGGUAAUUCUGCCCCAGAGCCUGAAGGCGGGCGAUAAGGACUCCCUCAAGCCCACCGUGUGCUUCCCCUGGCGCGCGUAG